ACGCUGUCCGACCGCACGUCGCAGUAUCUGUGGACUGCGUGUGUAAUUAUAUUUAUCGCUAAUAAAAUCAUAAUAGAUCCUAGAUUUUUUUUUUAUAAAUAUCUUUGUGUGUACUAAGUAUGAUUUUGAUACUGUAUACUGUAUGUGGAAAAAAACGAACUAUUGUAAAACCUACUCACCAUUAAAAAUAUUCGAUAUGGCGGCGGUUCAAAGUACUCGUGCCCCGAAGAUUAUUUGAUCGCUCAUUAACCUUGAACGAUCCACGACAAUAGGACCUAGCGAUGACGGGACGUUUUGCACGCUUUGUCGCUUAUACGCUUUCAGAAAAGGAUAUAUAUACACCCCAGACCGCCUGCGACGGACGAUCAAUUGCAGUCCGACAGCCGAACAUGCACGUGUCAGCGGUGAUCACGGCAGCCGUGGCUUUGGCGCAGGCGUGCAUGGCCAUCACGAGUGCUCCGCCGGUGUCCAUCGCCGGCGUGUCAAUCCGGAUGAGCCUGCCCGACGGACCGGGCCUGUCGGGCGUAUGCCUGUUCAGGGACGGGAAGCACGUCAUGUUCAAAUCGAUAGCAUCCACGCGCAAGCAUCACGACUACGGCGGCGAUUACCUGGUGGCCGGCGACCUGGACGCCGACCGGGUGUACGAGGGCACGUUCACACGGCUCCUGGACGGCGACCAGGUGGCCAGGUUCGGGUGCAAGGACGGCGACCGGUUCGAAGUGGCUACGCCGUUCGUGGUACCAGAACACGAUCUGGACACCAUGUUGGCCGUCAAGGAGUCGAUGGAGCAGAAGCUCGGGGCGUACAAGGUGAACCGCGUGGCCACCGAGCACGUGUCCGUCGCCUUGCGGUUGCCGAUGAACGACAGACAGGACGCGGCAGUCACCGCCGACGUGUUUCAGCUGUACAAGAAACCGGGACCGCACGAUUCGAAAAUGGGAUAUUCGGCGUUCCCGUUUGCCCGGUACGUGCUCCGGUUCCCGGUGGACAAGCUAAUGCUGGCCGACCUGCCGCCCGACCAGAUGAUCGCCGUCAAGCUGCGCACGGCCAGCGUGGCGAGCAAUUUCACCGACAAAUCACUGUUCCUGUUCACCGGAGGCUUAUACCCUCGGGGCGCCGCCAACCUCACCCGGAUGUUGGACACCGUCGCAGUCGUCCCUGCCGGUAUCGCUCAAUCCAAACAGUCUCAACUAGAUGCUUCUGAUAUUCUCAAAAACACAGUAAAAUGUCAUGCGGAUGGCAUGGUAUACAAUGGAUAUCCAUGUCGCAAUUCGGACGUAUGCAUACCUUUGGGGUGGCUGUGCGAUAAUCAAAAAGAUUGUGUAGAAGGCGAAGACGAGUACAACUGUUUCAAUGGAAAUACUGAGGAAAAUGGCAAUACAAACUUGUACAACAAUGUCGAUAAUUGGUAUUACAAUCGUGGCACGUGUAGAAAGUACGAAUUUCGAUGUCGCUCUCGAAGAAUGUCGGUUUGUUUGCCAAACUCGUGGCUGUGCGACGGGCGGGUCGAUUGCGACGACGGUUGGGACGAAAAUGAGUUUAACUGUGGUCGCACAUACAACGUACUGAGGCCGGGCAUUGGAGGAGACAUAAGCCAUAGAGAGGACAUCUUAUGUAAAAACAGAAACUCCUUCAAAUGCUGGCAGGGCACGGGGUGUGUAGAUCUCCGAUCUGUCUGUGACGGUACUAAGGACUGUGCCGAUGGUUCAGACGAACGCGUAUGCGACAACUGGAAUUCAAACUGUGAUCAAUUAACAGAAUUUAGAUGCUUGAACCACUAUAACACGUUUAGUAAACGAAACUGUAUACCUCGGCAAUGGGUAUGUGAUCUGCAGGACGAUUGUCCACACGGAGAAGAUGAAUCGGUCACCAGUUGUUUAAGCAUGGAUCACCCGACAUUUAAUGGUCUAGAAACUGAUAUUGUAGAUUUUUAAAUAAAAAAAGUUUUUUUUUUCAACUAAAAUAUAAA